UUCCCGUUAGCCGACUGAUAGAGGAACGGGACGCUCGUUCGCUAAUCUUCCAAUAUUUCGACAUAAACCUUGGGAACGUCGUUACCCUAUAAGACGAUGGGCACUAGAGACGACGAGUAUGAUUAUUUGUUCAAAGUGGUCUUGAUUGGUGAUUCGGGUGUGGGAAAGAGUAACUUGCUGUCACGUUUUACCCGAAAUGAGUUUAACCUGGAGAGUAAAAGCACCAUCGGUGUGGAGUUUGCAACCCGCAGCAUCCAGGUGGACGGCAAGACGGUGAAGGCGCAGAUAUGGGACACGGCAGGACAGGAGCGCUAUCGUGCCAUCACAUCUGCGUACUACCGCGGUGCAGUUGGCGCUCUCCUGGUCUAUGACAUCGCCAAGCACCUUACUUACGAGAAUGUGGAGCGUUGGCUGAAGGAGCUCCGAGACCACGCUGACAGUAACAUUGUCAUCAUGCUAGUGGGAAAUAAGAGUGACCUGCGCCACCUGCGGGCCGUUCCCACGGACGAGGCCCGGGCCUUCGCUGAAAAGAACGGUUUGUCAUUCCUGGAGACAUCAGCACUGGAUUCAACCAAUGUGGAGACUGCCUUCCAGACCAUUCUAACAGAGAUCUACCGGAUUGUCUCCCAGAAGCAGAUGUCAGAGCGCCAGGAGAGCGACAUGUCUCCCAGUAACAAUGUGGUCAACAUCCAGGUCCAGCCCACUGAGAACAAACCAAAGAUGCAGUGCUGUCAAAACAUCUAACCUGGACAACGCCCGCUGAUACCCCCCCCCACACACACACACACACCCCUCUCUCCUCCCCUCCCCUCGUUUGCUCCCCUCUCCUCCACUCCUCAUCCUGAGAUCAACCCUCUCUUUACUCCUAAAACCCUGCCCCUCAUACUACCCAGACUGUCUUGGUGUGCGAGGGCGGGAGCCACAGUUCUGACUCCGCCCCCCUCCCCCGCUCCCAGGUUAACGAUCCCAGCCCAGGAAGUCAUCAUGUUGGGGGGCGUGUCCCUGUUCAGGCCCCGCCCAGCAGCAGACAGCCAGCCUUUAUCACUUUCCAUUCAUGACUGUCGAUGCGCUGACAUUGUCACGAAAAUGUCUUAACAUAAGAAUGUGAUUUUUUUUUUCCCUUUUCUUUUUUUCUUCCAUCUUGCGCUCAUGUUAAAUUUAACUUUUUUUUUAUCAUUUUCUCUAUGCUGUAUCAUAUCUACUAAUGGGUAUAUAUGAAUUUAAAGCACAUUGAAGUGUAUUAUUAUAAACAAGCUUACGCUCUCCUCCGCUCCCUCCUUCCUGUAGUGCAGUGUGCUGUUUCGGAAACUGGAUGUACGGGGCACCGUAUAGAAAACGUGUUUUGUUGCGGUAGUGUUGUUAGGAUUGAUCUGACUGCUGUGAAUAUAAUGCUAGUAUAACAUAGAGCCUGCGCAGUAGCUGAGCUUCAACUUUACGCAGUGGAAAGGCCUGGACGGUGUCACUUAGACCACGUCAGGUGAACUGUUCGGGACAGCUAUGCAUGUGUUUGUAAAGAUGGCACUCCGCCGUGUCGCAUGUUCUUAACCCGAGGAGACUCCGUCUGGACUGAAUCGUGAACACUACUGUUGCCUUGAGGGUUCCUUAAGUUUAGACUGUCGCCUUGCAAUCAUUAUUACUGGUUAGUUUCAACAACUCUUUUGUCAGUCCCAGUCAUGUAGUGAUGGCGCCAUCUACAGGUGCUCACAUGGAGGAGGAUUUUUGUUCCUAUCGGACUGACCUGGUCAAACGUUCGGGGAACCUUACACAUCCAUUAUGGUUUUAUGGUCUAUGACUAUGCAGAAGAUAGCAGAUAGCUGCUGGAGUUGUCUUUGUUCUCUGGUAUUUCUGUACAGAAGAUUAAGGAUUUGUAGAAGUGUGACUAAUUGUGGUUGUAAUUGAGCUCGACAUUCCUAGAAGAUUCAAAACUACUAAAACGUUUCCUGUAGGUAAAACGGGUCGUGCCUCAUGUGUAACAUUCAAACUGCAGUCCUAACCCAUGCAUGAUGGCACAUCCCAACAAGAAUGGCAGUUUGAGGUUUCAGUUCACCAGAAUUCUUUAGGGAACCUCCAGGGAUCUUUACUCGGCUCGCUUUCUAAUGCAGAUUUUACUUGUAUUUAAACUGGAUGUCUUUUAUUAGAUAGGGUGAAGAAAUUAAUACUAACAGUUCUACCGGUUUGUUUCUAACACUGGAAGGCAGCGCUUCAGAUGCCAUCACUUUAUUUCCUCUCUUCCACCUCUGCCAGGCUGAGUCUCAAACAUGUUUUCCUCUCUCCUCAGUCCUCUCUCUCUCUCAGUCCGCUCUCAGAAGACGGUGGUUUUGAAGAAAAGUAUCUUCUGUUGAUCUCUCCUUCGUUUAGCUGCAAGGAGCUAACGCUAAAGAGAGAGGAUGUUCAGGAGUCAAGGGAAUAUCGUGGUGAUUCGGUGACGGGACAGUAUUGCUAGCUUCUUGACGCAGUGCCUAAUCCACCACCGGUCUAAAAACUACACAAGUUAAUCUGCUAACCAUGCGUCCUUUCCGAUACCGUCUCCUCUACUAACCAGAGCUAGUAUUAGUCUUUUCCACGGGCCGUGAGAGAGAGACGGGCCACUCGAUUAACCUGUGUCCGUGUCACAGAAAGCCUCGGUACACCGCGAUGCCUCUUCAACACAACGCAUGGCUUUUUGUACGACCCAACUCCAUGUCAUAAUGCCUUACGUAGCCGACAUUGUCAUUACUGUUCAUCUGCUGAGGGUUCGGGUUGGCUUUCCUGUGAGCAGUGCAGUUGUUGAACUAUGGUAUUAACAAGCGACUUUCUGAUACUCACCGUGCGUGUUGUACUGAGUUUUCCAGGUUCAAGCUGUGUCAGUGUGUGCCAUGGUGUCAGGUGGACAUAUACGAUACCUGAAUUCAGUGUAUGUGUCUUGUGUUUCGAGGCAGGUGUUGGAGAGUGUCUGGAGUGUGUGAGCCUGGCUGGCGAUGCCAAUGGCAGUUUUCUUUUCAUUUUGCUUUCUAAACGGAAGGCACCGCCAGCCGGAAGUCUCCAGACACGCCAGCUAACAUUCGAUGGAAGUGUAGAGAAGUGAAUCCUUUACUCUAAAAAAACAAAAAACAAAAAAACUACAAUCCUUUCUUAUAUACCUCCAUUGUUCUGCGUUUUUUUUUUUAAGAUGUUUUAAUUUUUUUGAACUAUAUUGAAAUAUGCUGUCACUAUAACUGACUGUAAUUCCAAUAUAAAUGUGUAAAACAAGUAAAAAAGAUGUCAUUUCAAUUGACGGGUUAAAUGUGGGGGGAGAGGGUCAAUGUGAAUGGUUUUAUGUUUUGUACAGGUUGAUUUAAUUGUACAAUUGUGUCUAUAUCUUAAGUUAUCGGUUCAUCUUAAUAAAGCGCACCAAUCAUAAA